UCAAAUGUGUCCUUAAACCAAUACUCCCAUAGGAUCCCCAACACAUCAAAGAAAGGUUAUCAUUAUCCCUUUCUUCUAUCUCAAAAAAUAAAUCUUAAUUUCAUAUAGUAAAGUUUCAUCAUUUCAUUCACAUUCACCCGUGAACCCACUCAUAAAAAAAUCUCUGACUCCUAACUCCUUUUGAGUGGAAAAGAAACAAAACAUUUCAUAAAUUCACUUUUCAUCUCUCAUUCCACAUUCAACGGUCCAGAUUCACUCUCCCUACCCUUAAUAAGGGUCCCUUAUAACUCCUAUUUCAAACACAUUUUCUCUCUAAAUCUUAAAAUCACAAAAUGAAAUCUCUAAAUUUUCUUCUAUUUUCACUCAUCAUAGUUUCAUCAACAACACUACUAAAAUUUUCAGAAUCAAAAACCCAUUGGGAAGACAUAAAAGCUCUAAAACAAUUCAAACAAAACAUAAACCCUGAUUCAGUGAAACCAGGUUCAUGCGUGAACACAUGGAACUUCACCUUCGACCCAUGUGAAAAUCUCUUUAGCGACAAAUUUACCUGCGGAUUCAGAUGUGACAUCACCGUUUCAAAACUCAGUCGAGUCACCGAACUCACUCUCGAUCAAGCUGGUUACACCGGUUCACUCACUUCCCUCAAUCUUCCUUACCUCGAAAUUCUCGAACUUUCAAACAACUACUUCACCGGUUCAAUUCCCGAUUCUCUUUCAUACUUAACUCGCCUGAGUCGACUCAGUCUAUCAUCUAACUCGUUCACCGGAGAAAUACCAUCUUCCAUUGGAUCUUCACUUUCAAAUCUUCAAGAACUUUAUCUCGAUAACAACAAUCUUCAAGGAACGAUUCCUUCAACUUUCAACAAUCUUAAAAGCUUAACAAAACUCGAACUUCAAGAAAACAACCUCACCGGAAAAUUUCCCGAUUUGGGUUCUCUGCAAAAUCUCUACUACAUAGAUCUCAGUAACAAUGAAUUCUCCGGUGACCCAUUUGAAUUUACGGUGACAUUACCGGUUUCUUUAGUUCAGAUUUCAAUGAGGAACAAUAAAUUAACCGGUUUAAGCUCUGAAAGCUUCAAGAAUUUGAAUUAUUUACAAGUUAUUGAUUUCAGUUCAAACAAAAUCAAUGGCAAUGUUCCUUCUAUAUUCUUUCAGCUUCCAUCGUUACAACAACUAACACUUUCAUUCAACGAGUUUUCAUCCAUUGAAGCUCCUUCAUUUGGAACAGAGUCACUUCAAAACGAGCUUAUAGCAGUUGAUAUAAGCAAUAAUCAGCUUCAAGGUUUUUUACCAUCUUUUUUAGCUUUUUUACCAAAGUUAUCUUCUUUAUCUUUGGAGAAUAACCGGUUCACUGGUUUAAUACCGGUUCAGUUUGCAUUAAAAACAGUUUUUCCAGAAACUGGUAUUGCUCCAUUUGGGAGACUUUUAUUGGGGGGAAAUUAUUUGAUUGGUGGAAUACCUCGUCCUUUGCUUGUUCUUAAACAAGAUUCUGCUAAUGUUAGUUUAGUUGAUAAUUGUUUGUUUAGGUGUCCUCAUGUUUUCUUUUUUUGUCAAGGUGGAACACAGAAAUCUUCUGAUGAAUGUAGUAAUGUAAUUAUUCCUUAGAUUAUGAUGGUGAUGUACAUUAUUGUUAGAUAUUGUAGGAGUUUAGUUUUCUACAAUAUCUAACAAUUAUGAUGGUGGUUUUUAAUUAAUUUCAUACAUGUACAUUUUGGUUUGAUUUCUACUAUGUUGUUUGUGCUAAUCAAUUAGUAUUAUUUUGUUAA